AUGGCCGAGCUGGACCCCAUCCUCCAGUGGCAGCACCAUGGAGGGUCCUUAUCUCUGCAUCUGGUCGGUGCGUGCCCCUGGGGAGGCGAAGAGCUGGACGGGGACCGGAGCUGCCACCGGCCCCCCGCGCCGGCAUCCUGCUGCGGCCGCCGUGGCACUGGGGCUGCUGUGGUGGUGGGUCUGGCCCGUGUUUGUAGCGGGAGCUGCUGUGCUGAUGGGAUAGCGGAUGGACAGACGGACGGAUGUGUGGGGAAGCUGUGUCACCCCCCUCCACCCCCUGCUCUGGAUCCAGGUGCAUCGUUGGGCUGGUUCGCUCUGGCCAGCUCCAUCUUAUCCCAGCUCUCCAGGUCGGGGACGGAUGGUUUGUCCCUGUCAUUGCUGCUGUUCCCGGCCCGGCUUUCCAGCAGGUUUGCUCUGCAGAGAGCUGCAGAUACAACGAGCCAGGACGCAGCAGGCAAGUCCUCGGAAGUGGAUUUGGGGGUAUGGAGAACCAGAGCCGGACUCUUGAUGGUCCUGGAUGAGGACAGCCACCUGUGCAGAGCUCCCGAGCAAGCGCGGCCGCCGGCCACGGGUCUUCCCGGCAAAUGCCAUCGCUGCCCCGUCAAACUCAAGGUCAGGGUGAAGUCUGGCGUCGGUCCGCAGCUGAGCCAGCACAUCCGCGGUGCGAGAGCAGCCACCGGCAGCCCCGGGGCGAAGGAUAUUACCCCCUGGGGAAAUAAUCCUGUUAUUUGAAAUGUAAAAAAGAAUUCACAUGGACAACAAUGGAUUCCUAAAUGAACCCAACAACAGUCCCCAAUCCAAGUGUGGCAUCACUUGCCUCAGAUAGAAAAAUAUAAGGUUCCUUUUAAAAACGCUCUUUUCUCCUCUCUUUUCCUCCUCCCACCCCAACGGAGGUAAAUAGGGCUCCUCCUCUUCUUCAAAAGCCUCUAUUGAGGGAAUCCUGGAUGUGCAGGAAUUUGGUGGGGAGCGUGACGGCGGAAGAUGUGUAUGUAUAUCCCCCCCCCUUUAUUGUGGUGGUGGGAGGGGAGCCCCGAGAUGGUGGGAUACGAGUGCCCGGCACAGCCCCGGGGGGUUCUGCCAGAGCUGGGAACCAUCAGCUUUCUCCAGCAAAGAGCUGCCGCGGCUCUUCGGAAACAUUGUUCCCUUGAUCAAGAUCUUCAGCAAAGCCAAAUAACAGCUUGUCUCUGCAACACCCAAACAUAAGCAACUAAUUUGGACCACUGAAAGGAAAAAGGGGGAGAAAAAAAAAAAAGAAAAGAAAAGAAAAGAAAAGAAAAGAAAAGAAAA